GUCACCAUCCAGAUCGAGUCUGAGUCUAGAGUGCGAUGCCAUCUCGUUCUGACUCAUUCCACGCUCGUGGCAGCAGAGAAGGCCACCUUCAAUCUCUGCACCUCUGGAAGGACUGUCAACGACGCAAAGCCGAGUGUCACUCGAAGAUCCAUGGAGCGAGCCCGAGGAAGUGGGAUCUCAAGGAAAGAUCGGCGCGUUAAACAUGGAUUGAGCGCAAAGCAGGAAACGGCAACAUGGACGAGCAAGCGGAGGGUGACAUGGAAACCUAUCCAGCGACCUUCGCCUCGCCUUCGCGGAUCUUUGUGAAUCUCAAACAGCCGUUCCUGUGCGCAGAAAUCAGAAGCGAAAUCGUUCCAAGACGGAGGUCAAAGACACUUGGAGAAAACGUGUCGGGUGCACCUGCGAUCUGGCGGCAAACGAGAUGGGCUCCUGAUGGUACUCACGUGCUGGCUCAAUGCGAUAACCACGAGAUUCAGCUUUAUAAGCUUGACACGAAGGACGACGAGCAUCGUCUGAUUUUCGUGCUGACAGUGCCUGCACCUUCGCCAUUGCUCGACGUCGUAUGGUACCCCUUUGCUAGCUUCGACCAUCCGGCUACCUGGUGCUUUGCAUUCAGCGCCAGAGAUGUGCCGAUCAGACUCGUUGACGCUUACAGCGGGCGCACUCGAGCCGCAUACCCAAUUCAGGACCACGUCGAGCGCUUCGUGGGCGCUCAAAGCCUGGCUUUUAGUCUGGAUGGCACCCAACUUUACGCAGGUCAUGCUAGCAGUCUAUCGGUGUUUGAUGUCUCCGUAUCGGGACAGGCACCUAUCACCAUGCCCCUGACUCCUGGACGGCGCCUUCGCAAACAUCAAGAGCCGGGUCAAAGAGGGCUCGUGAGCUGCGUCGCCAUUGGUUGGAAUUGGACGACAGACGGUCAAGGCCAACAAGUUCUUGCCGUGGGCACCUUUGCUGGCACCGUUGGGCUAUAUCAUCCCGGUGCUCUCACCGAGGCCUCGGAGUGCCUCUUUGCGGGCUGGAGGGAGCCAGAUAGCAGAGGCAUCUCCCAGCUACGAUUUCACCCCACUGCUCCUUACAUUCUCUUCAUCAGCUCCCGAUGCACAGAUCGCAUUCAAGCGUACGACCUCCGCUACACGGGCUCCAGGCCUAAUUUCAGCUCCACCGCGCCCAGAGCUGCCUCCCUUGGUGGGUUCUCGCGCAGACUUGCUGGUUCAUCCUCGCAAGUGCAAAGUAUGCAGCGGCUCUUCUUCGAUGUGGACUGGAGCGGUCAUUGGCUACUGGCCGGUGAUCUCAACGGUCGGGUCUCCGCGUGGAGGGUCUCCAAGGAGCCGGGACACGACACCGAGCUUGUUGAUGGCGAUGCGGCAGAAGGCUUUGGUGACUCUGCCAAAAUCCUUUCAUACACGUGGCAGGCGAGUGCGAGCUGGAGCACUGGUUCAGAUGCUGUUGCUACCGUCUCCGCGCACCCCUUGCUUCCCCUGAUUGUGACAGCCUCAGGUGCAAGACACUGGUCUCAGCCGGAGUCACUGGAGCACGGUCCGUCUGAGAGAUUAAGCACGAGCAACUCAGGGAGCUCCUCUGAUUCGUCCGUUUCUUCCGAGUCGGAGCGGGAAGCGCACGGGCGUGAAGCUGCUUACUUCACGCAAGACACCGCCCUACGUUUAUGGAGAAUGGAGAAAUGAACGAACUCAGAGCCCAUCUAUGCUGAGAGCUCUCCUCACCGGAGUACAAAUCACCGAGGAUUCGGCAACGAGGAGCUCUAGUCCGAAGCAGCUCCGAUGCCCAUGCCCC